AUGUUGAUUCAAGGUCUUCUAAACUGGCUACCCCUAGCGUCUCUAACGUUCAAUGCGUAUAAAUCCGAUGAUGAUCCUCUCAAGAAACUUGGAUAUUUAACUCCGUAUAGUCCAGCUCCUGCUUUCCACGGAGUUGACGCAGAGUUGCCCAGCGAUUGUAGUGUCAAUCGGGUGAUGCUUAUGCAUAGACAUGGCUCUCGUGGACCUGAAGGAGAGACGAGUCAGAUCAACUCCCUUGUCCAAACGUUGAAAAACGGUAAAGAUGCUAUCCAGAAUGCUCAUCUACCUGAGAACCUCCGUUUCCUCAAGAAGGGAUAUGAGUCACACCUCGAUCCCGGAAAACUGACCAUCAUUGGGCGUCAACAACUCUUUAACCACGGCGUGGAAUUUGGGUUGAAGUAUCCAAACUUCGACACAGACACGCUACUAUCCAGCGAUUCACAAAGAGUGAAGGACUCCAUGAAAUUUUUUGGUCUGGGACGUUUUGGUCUCGAAAUCGAGAACAAGGAACUACUUGCAGUUGAUGAUAUGCCCGAUCUAGUGUCUUGGAUCACUCCUUGGACUUCGUGUCCCAUCAACGGGUUGCACGCUUUGGCGGUGGUAAAGGGAUGGACCGAUUCAUACCUUCCUGAUAUCACUAAGCGCUUGAAUGAGCUCCUUCCUGGCGUUAACCUGACUGAUGAUGACACGCACGGAGCUUUGUAUGCGUGCCCAUAUGACCUAGCCACGGGGGAUGAGUCACCGUGGUGCGACGUUUUCUAUGCGGAUGAACUCGCAGACUUCGAGUAUGAAAUGGAUCUUGCCAUGAACGCAGGCGCAUACCUGGCACCCAAUGACGUUGGACGUGUCAUGGGAAGUGUUUUUGUCAACAGGCUGAUCAAUAGGUUCACCAAUGCCAGUGAGGAAGCGCCAUCCCUCUAUCUUGAAUUCGGACAUGAUAUUACCAUCCUUGUUGCAAUGGCUGCAAUGGAUCUCAAUAGGGACGAUCCCCCGCUUUCUUCACAAGGACCACCCCAGUACCGAAAGUUCCGAACCUCGUAUCAAAUUCCCUUUGCUGCCAAUAUGAUCUGGGAAAGUUUUACUUGCGAGGAGUCAUUCGAUGGACCACAGAUUCGCUUGGUGCUGAACGACGAGACAUAUCCAUUAUCGACUUGCGCAGAAACCAGGGAAGAUCGCCGAUACGGGACUUGCUCGUUGGAUGCAUUCAUACAAGCCAAUCAAUUUAGCACCAACAUCAAGUUCGGUGAUGAUACGUGGCAAGCGGCCUGCGGUCCCAACUCAGAGGUUUUGUACGUCCAAUGAUAGUACGUCUUUCGGUCUUUUAAUUGCCAUCAGUCCUUGGUAGGUACCACUUGCUCAGUACAAACCCCAAUCUUUCCAUCUACACUGUAACAAUGAAUGACGCAUAUCUCUGUACUCGCAUAUCUUUGUACUUUAACCGUGCGGUUGUUUUGUAUGUAGCUCCUCAAAGUGAAAUUUGAUACUGUGAUGGAAAUGUAU